CUACGUCCCUUGUCGUCGCCUGUCGACGGUUUUCACGGAUUAGAGGCCAGUGGCUGUAGCUGCUCUUUAGCGGUUUAAUCUUCACCCGGGUAUUUUUUUAAAAUCGGUGAGGUGUAGCUGACUACUGUAUGGUGUGGCUUGGUAUUUCUUUCAAAGAUAAUCACAUUUUCAAUGCUCCUAAAAUUCUUGUCUAUAAAUACUCCGUAAAAAAGAAACUAUCGCUUUUGUUAAAGAUUUUAAACUUGUAUUAAUCGAGGCAAUAUUUUUCUCUCAAAUAUUAAUCUAUUUGCUAAUAAUGUUUCUUAAAUCUGUUUUAUUAAUAUAUUUUUGAUUUUUUGUAAUAUGUUUCUUUGAUACACACACACCCUCCCUAGACCCUACUGUGUGUGGGAUUAUCCUGGGUUUGUUGUUGGUGGUGGUGGUGUUGUGUAUAUUUAAAUUAAUGCUACUAAUGUAAUAAAAUUCUCAUUUGUCUCGUUGCCUAAUUCUUGCCUUGGCGGUUGCCUUGUCGAUUAGGCAUCCUGGUGGUACACUGGCACCAUCCCUCACCUUGGCGGGGUGAUAACUAUGGUCUUUGGCAGGUGAUUCAGAUGUGACCUUCAAAAAUGGCAAACAGGUGUAUUUUUUUUUCUAUAAGGGUGGUAAAAACAUUUGCGGCCACACCAUCAAUUGUGAACGACAAUCUUAACCCAGUUAGCGUGGGUGUAUUGUUGUUUGGAAGCAUGUAAAAAGAAUUGGGAUUGUUAUGUAAAAUUUCUUGAGGGCUUAGGGCUUAUUAUUUCCAACACAGACAACCCUGGGAUUAUUCGCAACAAAUUCUGUAUAUUUGUUGAAUGGUUCUACUCAUUGGCAGUCUGCAUAAAAUAUCUACGCAGUUUACACACACACACAGGCAUGCAAACACGUUCUAAAUUUCUUCUUAAGAAAUUUGUUUGCUACAUUUUUUCACCCUUAUGCAUUGUUUGACUUUUUCAAAAAUGUAGGUCGUAGAUGAGUAUAACCGUCUACUUGCCAGCCAGCUGGAGACUCAAAGACAGCAUUAUGAAUCUCUGCUAGCUGAGGCGAAAGGUGGAAAGGAAAGCUCAAUAUCUAAAGCAGUGGCUAAGGCACUUUUUUCAAAAACACACGAUUUACAGUCCAGAAUUGGAAAGUGUGAGGAGGAGAAGAAGGCUGUUAGUGACAGAAAUCAAGAGCUUAUGAAAAAACAAGAACUUCUGCAGAAGAACUACAAAGAAGUGGAAAAAAGGUGCAGUAGUUUAUUUCAUCCAUUAGGUUAUCAAAGGGAAAUGCUUUUAUUGAAGUCAAAGGAUGAGCAAAUCCAGGACCUUAAAGAACAGAUCAGAGAUAUAAAAGUUUAUAUUGAAGCCCAGAAAAGUCUAGCUAAGAUGGGAGUUUCGGAUGGGAAAGAUGGUACGGUUUUGUCUGUAGAAUCUAACCCGUCGUCUUCAGGUGGUACCCGAAGGAGAGGAAAGCAAGGCCGGAGACGAUGACCACGUGGAAUCGGACCAUUGUAUAUGAGUAUGUGGUGGCCUGCUCAUCUCAUGUGUAUUGUGUACAUUUGAGUAGAUGAAGUAUUUGAGUUUUUUUCUUCAGUUCCAUCAUUUCCUGUUUGGUUAACAUUAGGUAGUGAUAAUUUUAGCUAAUGCUCAGUGUAUUUUACAAUUUGAGUAAAUACAUUAUUUGGGU